UCUUGUAAACUGGGUGUUUCCUGCCGCUCGCAGUCCGGAUUUGGCGACUCCGGCGUCCUCCGACUUUUCAUGGAAGAGAUGUCAGGAGAAAGUGUGGUGAGCUCAGCGGUGCCAGCGGCUGCUACCCGUACCACUUCCUUCAAGGGUGCAAGUCCCAGCUCCAAGUACGUGAAGCUGAAUGUUGGAGGAGCCCUCUACUACACCACCAUGCAGACACUGACCAAGCAGGACACCAUGCUGAAAGCCAUGUUCAGUGGGCGCAUGGAAGUGCUCACUGACAGCGAAGGCUGGAUCCUCAUUGACCGGUGUGGGAAGCACUUUGGUACGAUUCUCAACUACCUUCGAGAUGGGGCUGUCCCUUUGCCUGAGAGCCGCCGGGAGAUCGAGGAGCUGCUAGCAGAAGCCAAGUACUACCUGGUCCAGGGCCUGGUGGAAGAGUGCCAGGCGGCCUUACAACAGAACAAAGACACUUACGAGCCUUUCUGCAAGGUUCCUGUCAUCACCUCAUCCAAGGAAGAACAGAAACUUAUAGCGACUUCAAAUAAGCCAGCUGUGAAGUUGCUGUACAACAGAAGUAACAACAAGUACUCUUACACCAGCAAUUCCGACGACAAUAUGUUGAAAAACAUCGAACUGUUUGAUAAGUUGUCUCUGCGCUUUAAUGGGAGAGUCCUAUUCAUAAAGGAUGUCAUUGGGGAUGAAAUCUGCUGCUGGUCUUUCUAUGGUCAGGGCCGCAAGAUUGCUGAAGUGUGCUGUACCUCCAUUGUCUAUGCCACCGAGAAGAAGCAGACCAAGGUUGAGUUUCCUGAAGCCCGGAUUUAUGAGGAGACCCUGAAUAUUUUGCUCUAUGAGGCCCAGGAUGGCCGGGGACCUGACAAUGCUCUCCUGGAGGCCACAGGUGGUGCAGCUGGGCGCUCCCAUCACCUGGAUGAGGAUGAGGAGCGGGAGCGGGAGAGGAUUGAGCGCGUACGGCGCAUCCACAUCAAGCGUCCCGACGACCGGACCCACCUCCACCAGUGAGCAGGCAUGUGGACUCAGCCGCGGCCGCCUCUGCCCUCCGUCCUUCUCCCCUCCCCUGCCACAUUCAGAUUCUGUGCAGGCUUCCAGGCAUCUUCUACUUUCCCUGGAGUCUGGAGAUACUUUUGUAACAAGCCAGAAGAUUAUUUUGGUAUUUCUCGACAAGGUGAAUUGCUCCUGCCUUGACCCAGGUGUACGCACCCCCAUAGUUGAACAAGCGAUGUCCAAGGUCUCUGCUUUUCACGAGAAUCGAGCCAGGCUUUCUUGGUUUUCAGAGGAAAAGUAUGAAUGAGCGUGAAAUGUAUGUGAGAACUUUGUUUGCAGUAUUUAUUUUUGUGGGUGCUGACUACCUAUUAGGGCUUCUUGAGUGACACUCCCUUAAGGUUUCAGUUUGACAAUUCCGAGAGAGGCUCUGCCGGCGAUGGCCACCUGGGGUGUGUGAACUUUGUGUUUUCUCUUAGCCUCAGCCGACUGGCAGGCUCCCUGUUCCUGUGCCUUCUGUUUGGGCACAGUCUCCAUGGCUUUCCUGGGAAUCUAUUCUGCAACGUGGCUCUGUCCCUAGAGCUUAUUGAUAGUUUCAGCUUGUGGCCUUGAAGAUGAGCCCUAACUUGUGCCAUUGCUUGUAACGUGUUCAUUUUAGAACGUCUUUGGGUAAAAACUUGUGCUGCCUUGGCUGGUCUUUGCUGUGGUGCUGGCUGGGACUGUACCACGCCAGGCAAGGACUGGCACUUUCGCUGGCAGCGAGUGCCUGGCUGUCUUCCUAUCUCCUGGCCUUCCACUUUCUGUCCAUGUUGACCCACCCACUCCAUUCCAGGAAGGCCCCCGACCCGCAGCAGGUGCAGCUCGCACGCUGUCGCUCCAGAGCAUCCACUCCUUUCUCCCGGCCUUCUUCCACAUUAACUUGGGCUUGCUUCAGCAAGUGGGUUCCUUGCCUUGUCAGGAUUUGGGUUGGUGCGAUUCCAUCCUCCCAGCCAGGCACCCCUUACACCCCAGCCCAGGGGAGCUUGUCUAUCCCAGGCAGCUUCCCUGCUGCAACAUAGCCAUCACCUGGAGACCCCCCCCCCUCGUGUUUGUCUCUGAUUUCUAUGCAGAAUAGAGUGGCCAUCCGUGAACAGGUUGAGAGGAUGUGCAGAUACCUUUGGGUCUGGUUUGUGUCUGUGUUCAUACUUGUUUAGGGAUUGUGUGCGACUGUUGGUGAGGAUGUAUGUUUGUGGGGCACAGGUGGCCCGAGUGGAGCCCGCUGUGCAUGGUGCUCAUCAGGACGGCUGUUCUCAGUUACCUACCUCCCAGCCUCCUCUGCACCUGCACAGGAGCAGGACUGAAUCGUGACUGAAGUGGGUGGUUGAGACUAGACUAGGUAGAGUAGUUAGGAGGAGAUGUGAAUAUGUGCCAGGUGAUGGGUGGGUUUUGUUUGCUCAGCAAGGAGUCAUUACUGUUUUAUACCAAAGGUAUUAACUUGGGCAGCCUUUGACACCUGUAUCCAAAAAACGAGUUUCUAUUUUGCGUCAAUUUUUACAGCUUAGACUUUGUACCUGUGACAGUUGUCUGCCUUUCUUUUGUAUCCAGGAGCAAAGCCUACAAUAUUUAAAACUUUAAAACAAUCAAGACCAAACCUGAAAACAAGGUAUUGGGUAGAUGCUUUUUAAACUGUUGUGUGGGAAACUUUUAUAUGAGGCUAUUUCGGUUUUAUUAAGUGUUAAGGAAAGGGAGCUUACAAAAUAAUGUUUCGUAAAUAUUUUAUACUGUUUAAGUUUUAAAUGUUAACCCUGCCGUCUGGGUUAAACUUUUUUAAAGUUAAAGCGAAUGUCAGUUCUGAUGUUUUCUGUAGGAAUGGAAAAGCCAUCGUAUAAAUUCUGCUAAGUGUUUGUGUUAAUAAGUGUGUGAAACAAUCUGACUUGUUUGGGCUUUCAUGUAUGCCUUAUGCCCUGCUGCUUCUGGCAGCUCUUGGUACCUUCACUUUCCUUCAACUUUGCACCUGCAAGUUCGUGUCUCUGCCUCACAGGGCUAUGAAGAGGUUCGUAAAAACAUUCCGUGGAGAAUGUUUCUGUCGGCUGCAUCUAGCCAGGAGCUGACAGACAAGCGUUGGCUGGUCCAAGCUCUGCCAGCAGGUAGACUACAGAAAGAAACUGACUUUUCAUAUGUUAGCAUAUGAGAGCUGAAGUCAGUAUUUUUAUUUAUGAACCAUCUAAGUAAACACUGGUUUAAGAUUUGCUGAAGAGUAAGGCUUUAUUUUGUUAUAAGAGCUUACGGUUAAAAAUGGGAACAGCUGUUGUUCCAUGGUGAGCAAGCUCAGUCUGUGCUGAGUAAGUCAUUGGUGGUGGUGGCUGGCGGUCCGAAACGGUUCCUGCACAUCCUUCUCUGCUGCCUUCUUAGGGUGGACGCAGCGCGUCCCCAGUCCCUGCGUAGGUGUGUUCUCCUAGACCUUAACAGUUGCUGUUCGGGACCUGUGUGUGCCACCCCUCCCCCGUGUUCUCUUUAGGGCUUCACCUCAAGUCACUGUAAUGCAUUCAAGUGCAUCAUUAACCUUCCUGUCUCUCUGUGCUAUGAAGAAAAUGCUGUAGGUUUUAAGAAUAGUCACUGUUUCUCUCUUGUACACGUAUUUGUGAACGUAUGUAAAAUAAAAAUUAUGCUAUGCUUCCA